CCUACAAGGAAUGCAGGUGUUCAUUCGUACUUAGCAGGUGCUUCAGAAGAUAAAAUCAGCCUCAACACAACUAAAUUAAUACGUUUGCACCGACUCCACGAACCGCUCCGUAGCCGACGUAUACAUUGAACUGCGGAACUAUCAUGGCAAGCAAUUUCGCCAGGAUUUUGUCCUCGAAAAGAAAUGUGGGCAUCUUGUCGCUGGUUGGUGCUGGCUCCCUUAGUGUGGGAUUCUUCCUGACCAGAGAGCAAUAUGUCAGCGCUGGAGCCCAGGUUCGGAGACUGUAUCCCGCCAGUGCGGAUUAUCCAGAUUUACGAAAACACAACAAUUGCAUGGCCAGUCACCUGACACCUGCCUUAUACGCCAAGCUAUGUGACAAAGCCACUCCAAAUGGCUUCACCCUGGAUCAAGCCAUUCAGACUGGCGUGGAUAACCCCGGACACCCCUUCAUUAAGACUGUAGGGAUGGUGGCAGGAGAUGAAGAGUCUUAUGAGGUGUUUGCUGAUCUUUUUGACCCUGUGAUCAAAGAGAGACACAAUGGCUAUAACGCACGCAUAAUGAAACAUCCCACUGAUCUGGAGUCCAGUAAGAUACGGGGUGGUCAGUUUGACGACAACUAUGUGUUAUCGUCAAGAGUGCGUACAGGCCGCAGUAUCCGAGGCCUGAGUCUGCCACCGGCCUGCACACGGGCGGAACGUAGGGACGUGGAGCGGGUGGUGAUCAGUGCCCUGGCUGGCCUGAAGGGCAACCUGGCAGGCAAAUACUACAGCCUAACAGAGAUGACGGAGAAGGAGCAGCAGCAGCUCAUCGAUGAUCAUUUCCUGUUUGAUAAACCUGUUUCACCCCUCCUGACAUGCGCAGGAAUGGCGAGGGAUUGGCCUGACGCAAGAGGCAUCUGGCACAAUAACGAGAAGACAUUCCUCGUGUGGGUUAAUGAGGAGGACCAUACUCGGGUGAUCUCCAUGGAGAAGGGGGGCAACAUGAAGAGGGUCUUUGAGCGCUUUUGCCGGGGACUCCAAGAGGUUGAGCAUCUGAUUCAGGAGAAAGGCUGGGAGUUCAUGUGGAACGAGCAUCUGGGUUACAUCUUGACCUGCCCGUCCAACCUGGGCACAGGGCUGCGAGCUGGUGUCCAUAUUAAACUGCCCCGCCUCAGCAAGGACCCUCGUUUCCCCAAGAUCCUUGAUAACCUUCGGCUACAGAAAAGAGGCACUGGAGGGGUGGACACAGCUGCUGUGGGGAGCACCUUCGACAUCUCCAACCUUGACAGGCUGGGCCAGUCAGAGGUCCAACUGGUCCAGACAGUCAUUGAUGGAGUGAACUACCUAAUCGAAUGUGAGAAGAGGCUGGAGAAAGGCCAAGACAUCAAGAUCCCUGCCCCCAUCAGUCAGUUUAAGUAGACUAAGUCUAACCUCAGGAUUUCUCCUCCUGAUAGUACUCUAAACUCCAUCACAUACAGCAUGCCUUUGUGUGAUGUCUCUUCUCAACUCCACUCUUUUGUCCCAAAGGAGUGAAUAUGUACUGUACUCCAUGAUUGUGUUAAUGGGACAUUAAGGCUUUGUUGCAUACCACUGUCACUCAAGUUAAAUGUGUUACAAUAAGAGUGUAAUAACUAUGUUGGAGAUUGCUUGCUCAGGCAAUGACAGGUGGAUAGUUCAGGUUUAAAAUGGAAAGUUCCUCCCAGGGUGUGACAGUCAGCCCUCAGCUAUAAAUACUGAAACACACUGGGUGAUGUCAAAUUAAAUCAGGACUUUUACCUUUUGAACCUAAACCCCUUGUUUGAGUCUGUCCACCUGGGCAAGCAACACAGACUCCUGGGAAGGUUUUUUUUUUUGUGUGUGUGGAAGGAAAUUCUAAACCCUAUAAAGUGCUCACUGAAGGAUCUUAA